GCGCUGCAGCCUCAUUGGCUGGAGGCGCGGGGGUAAGGGAAACGCGCACCAAGGCGGCGAUCAUGGAGGGAGCUAUCCCUGGUUUCCGGAAGGAGCUGGUGAGCAAACUGUUGCACUUACACUUCAAGGAUGACAAGACCAGAGUCAGUGGGGAUGCGCUACACCUCUUGGCAGAGCUGCUCAAGAUCUUUGUUGUGGAGGCGGCCAUCCGCAGUGUCCGACAGGCCCAGGCAGAGGACCUAACGCAAGUGGACGUGGACCAGCUGGAGAAGGUGCUGCCUCAGCUGCUUCUGGAUUUCUAGGUCUUCAUGUUGCCGCAGCUAUAGGUCCACAGUGCUUGCAGUCCUGAAUGUCCCUGGGGGUUUGGACCUGACGCUGGCCCACUGUCACCAGGACCCCAGUCCCAGCCACGAGUUGUUCUUCCUGCUGCCUGUCCUCUACUUUUCUCUGCUUUACUGCUGCUGGACAGAGCUAUGGGGCUGUGGGCCCAUGGGGGGGGUACCCCUCCUGCCUCUAGAGCAGUGAACCCCACACUCACCCAGGAGGAGCAGGUGCAGACGGAGGAGCGUCCCCACCCCCCACUGGUAGCACAGAGCAGGCAGGUAGCUACUGUGUACUUGACACAGCUGCACUCCCUAACAUCAAAGCCGCUGUGCGCCCUUUCAACCACUGGCUCCCCUCAGAAGAUGCUUUCCUGAGCCAUAAAUUUGUUCCCACAAAGCAACAUCAAUAAGUCAAAGCUGUUCCCCCAG